ACAGUUCAAGGAAAACAAAACUAAUCUCUAGUUAUUUUUCUCUGUUUGUAUGUGUGUGAAAAAUGACAGAGGCCGUAAGCUCAAUUAGUUGUUCGAUCUGUUUAGAUUUACUGAAGGAUCCAGUAACUAUUCCAUGUGGACACAGCUACUGUAUGGGCUGUAUUAAGGACUGUUUGGAUCAGGAAGAUGACAAGGGUAUCUACAGCUGCCCUCAGUGCAGACAGACCUUCAUACCAAGACCUGUUCUAAACAGGAACACCAUGUUUUCUGAAUUGGUGGAGAAUCGGAAGAAGACAAGACUCCAAGCUGUUCCUCCUGAUCAUUAUUAUUCUGGACCUGGAGACGUGGAGUGUGAUUUCUGUAUUGGUAGAAAACUCAAAGCUGUCAAGUCCUGUCUGGUGUGUUUGGCCUCUUACUGUGAGACUCACCUCCAGCCUCACUAUGAAUCUCCUGCCUUUAAAAAGCACAAGUUGGUCCAAGCCUCCAAACAACUACAGGAGAAGAUCUGUUCUCAUCAUGACAAACUACUGGAGGUUUACUGUCGUACUGAUCAGCAGUGUAUCUGUUUUCUUUGUAUGUUGGAUGAACAUAAAGGACAUGAUACAGUCUCAGCUGCAGCAGAAAGGACUGAGAAACAAAGACAGUUUGGGGAGAAAUAUUUGGAAUCCCAGAAGAGGACUGGGGAGAGAGAGAAGAAGAUUCAGGAGUUGAGACAGACUGUGGACACUCUGAAGCACUCUGCACAGGCAGCAGUGGAGGACAGUGAGAGGAUCUUUACUGAGCUGAUCAGCUACAUUGAGAAAACACGCUCUGAGUUGAAGGAGCUGAUCAGAGCUCAGGAGAAG